AUGCAGGGCAUAGAGCUGCAUGAGUGUGUCGACCUCGAUGAUCGGGAUGCACUCAUGACACGUCUAUUGAGCUGCGACAAGGUUGGCGUCGUGAUCGGUGCACAGACGCUCGAACGCCACGACGGCACACUAGAAAACAUCCUCGCGUAUGCCGAGGCUCUCGGUGACAAGCCGGGGACGACUGUGCUAGUCGACGCGUACAUCCCACAGACGUACGGACAGCCAGCCGCCGCUGCCUGGGAUCGUAUCGCAGACCUGGCGCAGAAACGCAUUGGCACCCAUUUUAGGGCCUUGCCGCAGGAUGCGGCUCCGCAUGUGCAGCUCGUUUCGUCGAACCUGGCGUUGCAUGCGCGUACGCUGCUGGGGCACGAGGGCUUCCCUGAGUUUUCGCGCCACUUUCAGGCGUCGCGCUUCGCUGCGCUGCACCAUGCGCUGACCCAGCCUGUCGCGCACAUGCAGCGCAUACGCUACGUGGCACAGACUGCUUUCAAUGCCGCUAUGCGCGCGGAAAACGACGAGGCCCUCCGCCUCGAGGCAGGAGCCGCGCUGGCCGAAGUACUACAUGCGCGCACGGAGCAUGCCAUUCACACGCACACGCUACGUCUCGCGCCACCUAAUGACCUACCGUCACACCAGCCUGUGCUGGAGCGCAGCGGAUCCCGCAGUUUUCGGCGCCGCAGUAUGCUUGCCGACUCGCGCGAGACGGUGCAGCAAACGUUGGCACGCAGCUUUGCGUGGUGGCGCCUGCCGUGGCGCGUUGAAGAACUGCGUCUUGCGCUCUCGUACGCGGUCGGCCGCAGUUUUGGUGUACAGGAAGAGACGCGAUUGGCGUACGAGGCUGGUCGACUCCGAGCCGAGGCUGCCGCGCAGUCCGAGGCGGCGGUGCGCACGCUUGAUGAGGUGCAACGCCGCAGCCCACCUGAGUCGUUGGAGCGCGGCGCGCUGGCCGAUGCACCGCCGCUGGACUCGGCGGUCCUGCGCAAUGCCAUCGCCUCGUUCGACGACCGCCAGAUGGGCCCUCUACUGCAUGCACACUGUCUCUCAGAGCCACUCGUACGCCGGCGCCAGCAGCUGCUCGCCCGUGGCGGCCCGUUGGACCGCCUCGUUGUGAAGGCGCAGCGCGCGGUGGCCACGACCUACGUGGGUGUCGGAUCAGCGUACACUGCUGCUGCGAUCGGCGCGCUCGCACACCAUGUACCGCAUCCCGCGCUUGCGCCGACCACGAAGCUGGGCGAGGCAUGGGCCGCGUCGUCGUGGGUGCCCGACGCGACGCUGCCGCCGCUGACGUCGCUCGUCGAGAUGGCCCCGUCGACCGCGGGCGGUCUGGCGCUUUUGGCCACAGCCGCGGGCGCAUGGUUUCUACAGGGCACCUGGGCGCGUGCGAAGCGCGCAUUCUGGCGCGACUGGGACCGUACGGUCGAGGCGGUCGAGCGCGAGCAGAAGCAGACAGCCGAGACGGUCCUGCGCACCAUGGUGAUGGGCGCGCCUUUGCAUGUGUCGCAGGCCCUGCGCGAGCAGGUCGAGGACCGCCGCGUCACUCAUGAAAUGCGCGAGGCGACUCUCCGAGACGUGCAGACGCAUUCAUCGCACAUGUAG